AAGCAUUAUGGUACUUGGUCUUCCUUCAGAGGUAGCCAUUGUUUGGAGAAAAGAGCAACAAGAAAACAAAAGAGAUGUUGAAUGUGUUGAUGAGAGAAGAGGUACUAUUGGUAGUGCAGAACUGUUACCACAUAAUCUUGGUCGCAUUAUUGAGUAUAGGAGUAACAUAUUUGGCUUCAAAAGCUUGGAAGAGAGCUACAACCAACAAUAGAGAAGAGAUUCCUGGAAGGUUGGGACUGCCUUUUGUUGGGGAAACUUUUUCUUUUCUUUCGGCCACUAAUAGCACAAGGGGAUGCUAUGAUUUUGUCAGACUUAGGCGAUUGUGGAAUGGGAGAUGGUUCAAGACAAGGCUAUUUGGGAAGAUCCACAUAUUUGUUCCUAAUCCUGAAGGAGCAAGGACCAUAUUUGCUAAUGACUUUGUACUAUUCAACAAGGGUUAUGUGAAAUCAAUGGCAGAUGCCGUGGGAAAGAAAAGCUUGUUAUGUGUACCCGUUGAGAGUCACAAAAGAAUAAGGCGUCUUCUAUCAGAACCAUUUUCCAUGACUUCCCUAUCCGCAUUUGUCACCAAAUUUGACAAACUAUUGUGUGAAAGGCUACAAAAGCUAGAAGAAAGAGGGAAAAGUUUCAAAGUGUUGGACUUUUGUAUGAAGAUGACAUUCGAUGCAAUGUGUGAUAUGCUGAUGAGCAUCACGGAGGAUUCAUUACUCCAACAGAUAGAAGAAGACUGCAACGCCGUCUCUGACGCCAUGUUAUCCAUUCCCAUCAUGAUUCCUGGUACCAGAUACUAUAAAGGCAUCACGGCUCGUAAAAGGCUCAUGGAGACCUUCAGAGAGAUCAUUGGCAGACGUAGGAGGGGAGAAGAAACUCGAGAGGAUUUUCUUCAGUCAAUGUUGCAGAGAGACUCACUCCCACCCAGUGAAAAGCUUGAUGACUCGGAGAUAAUGGAUAACCUGCUGACAUUGAUAAUUGCUGGACAAACGACCACGGCAGCGGCAAUGAUGUGGAGUGUAAAGUUUCUACAUGACAACAGAGAAGCACAGGACAUACUCAGGGAAGAACAGUUAUCUAUAACCAAUAUUAAACCAGACGGAGCUUCACUUAGCCAUGAAGAUCUAAAUAACAUACGUUAUGGUUUGAAGGUAGUCAAGGAAACAUUGAGAAUGUCCAAUGUCCUGCUUUGGUUUCCUCGUGUCGCACUUCAAGACUGCACGAUCGAAGGUGAGUUACUCAACCUCCUUUUAAGAUAUCAAUACAAUUAUGCUCAUUAUGGUUUGCUUAAUUAUAGGAGAGCGUCAUUAGUUUUUCUGGCCUUCUAUGACUAUGUUACUAACCAUACAGGGUAUGACAUAAAGAAAGGUUGGCAUGUUAACAUCGAUGCAACUUACAUACAUCACGACUCUGAUUUGUACAAUGAUCCGUUGAAAUUCAACCCAAAAAGAUUUGAUGAACAUCAAAAGCCGUACAGUUUCAUACCUUUCGGAUCAGGGCCUAGGACAUGCCUUGGGAUCAAUAUGGCGAAAGUGACAAUGUUAGUCUUUUUACACAGGCUCGCCGGUGGUUAUACGUGGACCCUUGAUGAUUUAGACACUUGCUUAGAAAAGAAGGCACACAUACCUAGGCUAAGGAGCGGUUGCCCAAUAACUUUGAAGUCCUUGAGCAAAACCAUGCUAGAGGCAUAAUAGAAGGUCAUGGAGAUUUACAAGAAAAGGGAAGGCUUAAUAAGAACAAAGCAGCAGAGGGUCAUCUAUAUCUGCAGAGUUAACAUCGCAUGAAAGAAAUCCGUGGAAGAGUUAUAUAUGUGUAUCAAUCCAGUUACUACACUACUUCUAAGAAAUGGUACCGAAUCUAUGAUUUGCAUACUAUUAAUGAAUAGAGUUACGAAUUGAAUGUAAGAUUACCUGGUGGUAGAUGAUGAUGUUACUUUGGGAGAAAUCACAAGAAUAACCAGCUGCUUGUUGGAACAAUGCGUGCGAAGAAACCAACCGCUUUACCUCUAACAAGUUUCGUGUAUGGUUUUGUAUGAAACAACCACGGUAUAUAUAGGUGGAGGGUAGGUAGUUUCGUGUCUUUUUUAGUGGCCCACUACAAUAAUCCGCACAAUAGCUGAAAAGUGCUUAUGAAGCAACGAGAGACAAGUACACAACUGAUAACUAUUGGGAUAAACUGAUAUAAUCCGAGUAAUUUGACAUC